AGAUCUUUCAUGGCGGGUCUUCUCCAUCGACUUCAAGUGGUUUCCUUCCACUUUAACAGAACCAGGUACCAUUUCCCCUACCUUACAUUCAGUUCUUCAAUUAUUCCAUUUUCAACAUUCGAGCUCCACUCAGAUUACCAAAACACCGAACCCUCAGUUUCUCAGAUCAACAACCGAUCUGAUCUCGACGAACGCCACGUUCUGAGUGAACUCUCCGAUUUGUUUCAAUUCCAUCGGAAAACCACCGAGAUUUCGAACCUCUAUAAGGAGGAUAGUGCUACGGUGAAACAAAUUGAGAGGAGAGCUGUGGAUGCGUUUUUGUUGCCUGAAGAGAAAUUGCGAGGGGUUUUUCUUCAAAAACUAAAGGGAAAAACUGCAAUUGAGAAUGCGUUAUCAAAUGUUGGUGUGAAUUUAAGUUUGGACGUUGUUGCUAAUGUCGUGAAUAGAGGGAAUUUGGGGGGUGAAGCUAUGGUUAUGUUUUUUAGUUGGGCAAUUAAGCAGCCGGGGAUACCUAAAGACAUUGAUAGUUACAAUAUAAUCGUUAAGGCUUUAGGUAGAAGGAAGUUCUUUAAAUUUAUGGUGGAAAUUCUGCAUGAGAUGGUGAAGGAAGGUUUGAGGCCAAAUUUGGAGACACUAGCAAUUGUAAUGGACAGCUUUGUUGCAGCAAGACAAAUUCAUAGAGCAAAAGAAACGUUUGAGAACUUAGAGGGGAUUGGGUUGAGACGUGAUGCUGAGUCUUUGAAUGUGCUUUUACAAUGUUUGUGUCAGAGAUCACAUGUAGGGGCUGCAGAUUCAUUGUUCCAUGAAAUGAGUGGAAAAAUGAAGUUGAAUUGCAUGACAUACAAUAUUAUGAUUGGUGGGUGGUCAAAAUAUGGGAGAGGUAGUGAAAUGGAGAGGAUUUUGACGUCAAUGGUAACUAAUGGGUUUGAUCCUGAUUGUUUGACCCAUAGUUACCUUAUUGAGGGUUUAGGAAGAGCCGGUAAAAUUGAUGAUGCUGUUGAGAUUUUUGAUCACAUGAAGGAGAAAGGUUGUGCUCCAGAUACCAGAGUUUACAAUGCCAUGAUUUCUAAUUUCAUUUCUCUUAGGAAUUUUGAUGAAUGCAUGAAAUACUAUAAGGGUUUGUUGAGUGAUAGCUGUGAACCAGAUUUAGAUACAUAUGCCAAAUUGAUUACUUCUUUUCUCAAAGCUAGAAAAGUUGCUGAUGCACUUGAAAUGUUUGAUGAGAUGUUAGAUCGAGGAAUUGUUCCCACUACUGGGACUGUGACAUCUUUCAUUGAACCUUUGUGUAGCUUUGGUCCACCCCAUGCUGCAAUGAUAAUCUACAAGAAAGUGAGAAAAAUUGGCGGUAUAAUAUCACUUCAAGCCUAUAAGCUACUACUCAUGCGGCUGUCUAGGUUUGGUAAAUGUGGAAUGUUGUUAAAUGUAUGGGAUGAUAUGCAAGAAAGUGGCCAUGCUUCUGAUAUGGAAGUUUAUGAGUAUGUCAUCAAUGGACUUUGUAACAUAGGGCAUCUUGAAAAUGCGGUGCUUGUUAUGGAGGAGGCUUUGCGCAAGGGUUUCUGCCCUAGCAGGAUGAUUUGUAGCAAACUAAAUAACAAACUGCUUGCUUCGAACCAAGUAGAGAGGGCUUACAAACUAUUUUUGAAAAUUAAAGAUGCUCGCCGUCAUGAAAAUGCUCGGAGAUAUUGGCGCGCUAAUGGCUGGCAUUUUUGAGAUGGCAUGUGUACUCUAGGCAAAGGUAAGUGUGUUUUGAAUCUUCUGCUUCGCUUAUUUUCCUUGUGUUCUGCAAUUAAUUAAUUUCCUUAUU